AUGAUCUUGCUUGGGUGUAUAGUGGCGGUGGUGUCGCUGGCCAUCCAGCUGUUGGGGAUAACUUUUCAGCGGAAGUCCCACAUCGAUAUCGGCGCUCCCCACUAUCGGAACCAAACCCUCUGGUUCAUGGGGUUCGCCAUGUUCAUUGUGGCCAAUGUGCUUGGGUCCCUCAUUCAAAUCCUGACAUUGCCCCUCAUCAUCCUUCUGCCGCUUCAGAGUAUAGGUCUCAUAUUCAACUCAGUGUUCAGUUGCAUGCUAUUGAACGAGUCAUUUACCCCUAAACUCGGCUGGGGCACUGCGGUGAUUGCAGUGGGCGCCACCAUCAUCGCAUACAACGGUCAAACUCCCGAACAUCAUGACUCGUUGAAGAUAGUGGUCGACAAACUUCUACGUCCAGCAUUUUUUUCAUGGUUUAUCGUGACUAUCGCUGUGGUCAUCAUUCUUUUCGCUUUCAACUACUGGCUUAUUCGCUCGCGGGUGGUAAGAGGGUUUAUUUUCGGCAUAAUAUCAGGAAUAUUGACAGCCCAUACAUUUCUUUUCGCAAAAUCAAUUGUUGACCUGGUCAUCCUGUCACUCAAACUGGCGUUGGGGAACCCUGUGUGCUACAUUCUUUUGUUAUUGAUGCUCACCAUUAUUGGUUUUCAACUUACAGCAUUCAACUUAGGUCUCAAACAAUUACUGACGCUGAUUCUUUACCCGUUUUGCUUUUUCGUCUUCAACUUGGUGAAUUUGAUCAACGACGUCGUCUUUAACUCGGUGCCCAUGUCGUCGCUGCUCGUAUGGGUAAUCAUUGGUUUAGUGGCGGUGUUGAUCGGGGUGUUGUUGAUCUCAUGGGACAGUGUGGACGAAGAAGAAGCUCGCGCUCGUGAAAGAGAACCGUUGGUGCGCAAACGAGUGCUUUCUUAUGAGCAAUCGCAAUUGAUGAACCUGUACAUUCAUGACUAG